GGUUGUGAAAAACUUGAGAAUUCAUGAAUUGUUGAUACAACUCUGAGCAAAACUGUCUAAUCAGAAAAAGGUUUUCUGUUCAAGAACAGUUGGGCUCAAAUCUUUAAAAUGGAAUUUUUUUCUAAAAGAAUCAGAUGCCCAUUUCAUGUGAUUCUGGACCCAAUUCACAACCUAACCCAAGAAACCCAAGCCCAACCCCGCGUUAAACCCAAGUUAAACCCCAAAUUCCUCCCUAUUUUCUUAUCUUCCAAACGCUGCAAACCUGACAGACAGCUCUCAGAGUGAGCCCACAAAAGCGCGCCAAAAAAAAAAAACCACCAUGCCUGAACUUCCAAAGGUAGAAGCCGCGAGAAGAGUCGUCGAAGAGCACUGUGUGGGCAAGAAGAUCACGAAAGCUGUGAUCGCUAAUGACUCAAAGGUCAUCGAUGGAGUCUCUCCUUCAGAUUUUGAAGCCUCUCUUCUCGGUAAAACCAUUGUCUCUGCCCACAGAAAGGGCAAAAACAUGUGGCUCCAGCUCGAUUCCCCUCCUUUUCCUUCCUUCCAGUUCGGAAUGGCGGGUGCUGUAUAUAUAAAGGGUGUUGCAGUUACAAAAUAUAAGAGGUCUGCUGUCAAGGAUACUGAUGAGUGGCCAUCCAAAUAUUCCAAGUUAUUUAUUGAAGAACAUGUGUGAAGAAUUUUUUUUUAGUGUGAUAGAGGGGUGAGAAUAGCCAAGAGGGAAAAAAAAGUGCUAAAGGAGACAAGAUUAAUUAUUUUAUUUCUUAGGGAGAUAUUAGUUAUUGUUGUAUGGUAAGCUGUGUACAUAAAAGCUUGAUUCAUAUAAGAGUUUUGAGGGUAUAAUUUUUCAAUAA